UAGUUGCAUAAUAAGAAACACGUUAUUUUAGUGUAUCUCUCUUAAAAAUUGAAUUUAUAAUUGAAUUAAUGACCUUUAAACAAUUAAUAAUGCAUUAAUAUCUUCAUACCUGCCAGCAGUGUCCCAUAAAGGUAAAUCCAUACAAUAUAACUGUAGAUAACACUUGAACUUAAACUACUACCAACAACAAACACACAAAACAGCUAGUCAACAAUGGAAUCUAUUAAGAAAUCUGUGGAUGAUCUGUCUCUACAUUUUCACAAAACUAUGGCUGAAUUCCAACAAAAUCUGCAGUCUGCUAUCCCGGCAACCAGUCCCACCUCAAAUAUAGCUUCACAGUUUAGCUCGUUCCGAAACUUUGUCAUGACCGCUUUGAACAGUCUUCAGGGGCAGCUAGAACUUCUAAGUCAGCAGAUGGAUGAGCAGGAAACAAGAAGCCGUAGGAAAAUUCUUCUGUUUCAUGGUGUCCCUGAAACUGCCAAGGAAGAUGUGCCUGCCACUGUUGUAAAAAUCUUGAAAGAUCAUCUUCAAAUGCAUGAGCUUUCUGUGGCAGCGAUUAGUCGGUGCCAUCGAAUAGGGCAGACUGGUGGUGACAAACCAAGAGCACUGCUUGUAAAACUCUGUGACCAGUCCGUUAGAAACAAGAUCUGGUUUUCUAAAAAAAACUUUAAAGGCACCGGGAUUACUUUGGGAGAGUUCUUGACCAAGAUCCGGCAUGAAGCUUUCGUGGCAGCCAGACUACAGCUGGGCCUAUCAAAGUCUUGGACAAAAAAUGGUCGGAUAAUUGUGAUUGGAUCUGAUGGUAAGCGACAUUCUAUCACUACGAAGGCUCAGUUAACUGCUAUUUCUUCGGGAUGUGGUAGAGAAGCAGCCUCCAGUGUUCUAGCUGGACCUGCUACAGUUGCUUCUAAGCCGCACGCUGGUCCCUCUCAAAUUUCUAGAUCAAGAAGAGUGGUGAAGAAAUAGCGCUGAUGUGCAGUUAAGAGUAGUUUUUUGAUGAUUUGUUGUCAUUUAGUAAUUACCAGUUAUCCAUAACUAACUUUAUA